AUGAACAACUCCUUGCUUUCAUUAUCAAAAUAACACUUGAUAAAGAGAUCAGCAUUGGUUAAUCCCCUCGCAUAUCAAGCAAUGUACUCUGCAUAAGUUCUGAGAUAAUAACAAAUUAGCAGACAACCAUUCAUGCAGGUUCAGCAAAGAGGAUUCCGUCAAGUGAAAAAUCUCCACGAAAUCGUUUAUACUGCUCAAGCUGAAUUGGCCCAGAGAACCACUAAGUAUCUUGAGAGAACUGAUAAGGUCUACAAGCCAUCAACUACUCUUGAAUUCAACAGAGAUGGUGAGCUACUUCUCUACUCCUGCGAUAACAUUAAAAAUUCCACUGUGUACUUGAAGUAUCCCUAUGUUAUGUAUGAUGCUAUGAUUCCUCUAUCAUGGUAUGUAUUCUUUAUCAAUCCAUUAUUCUGGAGCUGGUAAUUCACUACUUGCAUAUUCUACUUCUUCAACUGUAUUGCUUGGCUUCCACAUGUUCUCUACUGGAAACACUUAGAGAGAAAGAUCCACAAAAUAUUCUUACUAAGAGGAGGUAAAUAUGUUAGACUAUAUACUCAAAACCCAAUGGGUGACAGAUUUUACUCUUGGGCUCACAUUUGCGAAUUCAAUCUCUUGACUGAGGAUUAUGAAGAUUUCGCUGAUCCAGUUGAAGAGGAGAAUUUCUUGACAAAGCAAGGUCAACUUAAGUACGAAGUGCAAGUAUAGUUAGACAACUACGUAGAUCAUGCUAUCAUCGUUUAGGACGAAAUUAUCUACUUCAUGAAGGAGGGCACUGUUCACAAUCCAGAGGUUUUCGAAAUGGUGGCCAAGGGAUACAACAUCGAUACCAGCGAUUUCGUGAUCAAUACAGAAGAUAACAUCAGAUUCAACGAACCAAAUCACAAUCACUGA